GCUUCGCCAGACUUUCGACGGUUGGUUCGCGUUUGAUCUCCUCCUGGUUUUGAGCUCCUACCUGGAGCGACUCCUUGAACUUAUCUCUGGCGAGUCUGCAGAGCAGCUCAUGCUUCUAAGACUGUUGCGUUUGAUCCGCCUGGUGCGCACCUUCCGCAUGGUCCGGCAGGUGCGACCCCUGUGGCGUUUGGUGCAUGGUCUGCUCACAUCCUUGGACACGGUGCUAUCCACCUUCCUCUUGUUGGCACUG